GUUUGAACAUCACAUAUGGCUCGUAAAGGAAGAGGAAAAAGAGGGAAAACAGGUUCUGCCUCGAAUGGCAGUGACAUUCCAUCCUACACUGAAACGUCUAUUGCAGACAUUGAAACCCUAGAAAACAACUCUGAAGACGAAUUUUACAAACAACGAGAAACGGUUGACAUUAGCGUUUAUAGCAAUCGCAUCCAACAAGAUUCGGAUUCGGAACAAGAGGUGCUUGCAUUGGAAGGUGUUGAAUCGGAUAUAUCGAUGGAUUCAGAGAUUGAUGAAGAUGAAAAACUUCUUGAUCGACUUAAAUCAUUCAAUGGACGAUCUGCUCUUCAUUCGAUAUCAGGCGGAAACAGUGACGAUGACGAUACCCCAACCACUAAAAAGUCAAUCGAUGCAGCCAGUGGAAGUUGGGGAUCCUCUCGUAGAGCUUAUUACGAUGGUGACGAUGUCAGUGAAGAAGAAGAUGCCAAAGAAGAAGAACGAGAAGCACUUCGACUUCAACGUGAACAGAUGAAAACACUUGCCAAAGAUGAUUUUCUUGAUAGUUUUGAAAACUUGAUUAAAAGAAAACGUUUACAACAAGGCGGAGAAGACACACACCUGGAAAACAAGGCUAUAGAUGUUACGCAAUCCUAUUUGGAUGAUACACAUACCGAGCAAAUUAAACUAGAUGUGUCGAGAAUGUCGGAAGGUGAAAAGAUGAAACUGGCUAGAAACUCUAAUCCAGAAGUCGUGGCUUUGCUAAAGGAAUUCAAGACUACUUUAAAUGAGCUUGAAAGUGGAUCUGCCAUGUCUGAUGCCACAGGUUCCAACUCGGUCACUCAACUUGCAAGAUACUUGUACUUGACAAAUAUUGCCUUUUAUCUUGCACUUGCAGCCAAUUCUAAAACCAUGGAUUACAAAUCGCAUCCAGUUACUGAGCAAUUGGCUUUACUGCAAGAUAUUGUUGCAGCAACGGUGCCUGGUCUAAAUGGAUCCACUAGCAACGAAUCUGAUACUGAAUCCAGUAAUGCAGACGUUGAAGUUGAACAAGACGAAAGUGUUGAGGGCCAAAACGAGGAACAAGAAAAGCCAAACUACAAAAAACCACACACAUCCUUAAAGGAACGUCUUGUUCCCAACACAGAGGAUCAAGACUUUGAGAUCCCGGUUGAAUCCUAUUCCCAGAUAGUUGUUCCAAAAAUCAAAACCAAACGCAAGCGUCAUCUUGAUGACAGCAUUGAUACGCAUGAAGAUUUUGGUGAGGGUGUGGAGAUUGGCGAGGUUGAUUUAGCCGACAAAAUGAGUCGUAAAAAGUCGCUCAAGUUUAUUGUUAACCGUAUUGAACAAUCGGUUUCCAGCCUUCAAGAACCCAACCGAAAGAAAAAACUGGGUGGUGAUGAUGACAUUCCUAUGCGUGAUAUCAAGGCAAGUCAGCAAGCAGCACAAGACCGAGCCUUGAGAUUGAGUCAAAAAGACUCUGCACCAUUUGAAAGUCACUUUGGAUUGGAUUCCGACGAUUCCGACGUGUGUGAUAGACCGGACGCGGACGACCAAGAAAAAGAAUCUGAAGAUGACACACAAAUUGAUUUGGAAGGCAAACAAUUAUAUGAAGAAAUGGCUGCUCAGCAAAAGGAUUAUCGCGAUAAGCGAAACGCAUUGUUUGAAGUAUCUCAUGCCGAGAUGGAUGGUGAUGUGGAUACACUUGCUGAUGGAUCCAAACGAGGUGCAACAUGGAAGAUUCUUUCCAACAAGGGUCUUACUCCACAUCGUAAAAAGGAGAACCGCAAUCCACGUGUCAAGAAGCGUAUGAAGUAUGAACAAGCGAAAAAGAAGCUCUCAUCAGUGCGUCGUGUUGCUGUUGACAAGAGUAAACUUGGACACUAUGCUGGUGAAGCGACUGGUAUCAACAUCAACCGCAGCAGCAGUAUCCGCCUAAACUAA